AUGUCCCUGGACCUCCACGUGUUUGAUUGUUUCCUCAACGCGGACUCCAUUGGGCGCAAGAGCUCCUCGGCCGCGUCCACCGCGACCACCCGCCCGUCGCUGCCCCCGACGCCCCCGCCGCCGGAGCCCCCGGCCGCGUACGAGGCCGAGCGCUUUCAGCUGCCAGAGGACGGCCUGAUCGACCUCGAGGAGUCCGAGGGGCGGAAGCGCGGGUCGGAGCUGAUGAUGAUGCUCGGGGGCUUCGGGGCGGCGGCCCCCGCGAAGGAGGCGCCGCCGCCGCCGCCGGCCCCCGUCGGCGUCCGCCCCGCCCGCGGGCCCCUGCUGGCCACCGCGGCGCCGUUCCAGCCCCGUGGCGCCACCGCGACCCGAGGCGCUCAGCUGCUGGCACGGGGCGCCGCCGAGAGGACGCGCCAGUCGACCCAGCAGGCGGCGGCGAAGGUGCUCGAGUCGAGGUACCUCGGCAUUGUGCGGGAGGCCGCCCUCGAAGCGUUCGGCGACGAUGUGGCCCACGUGGAGGGCGACCUGAGCGGCGGGUUCAACGUGCAGCUGAGCGAACGGUCGAGGCACUGCUCCGCGAAAGAACGGCUCGAGGAGCUCGGCCGCGAGCUGUGGCCACGCCUGCCCUGCGACAGCGUGGUGGCCCUGGAGCCGGGCUCCAUCGGGAAGCGCGCGUGGCUCACGAUGCACUACGUGCUGGCGGCGCCGCCCGACGGCUGCUGGGACUACGCCGGUGCCGGCUGCUGCCCCCGUGGAGCGCUGUGCCGCUGGCCGCACGCCCUGCCCCAGAGCCUCACCGUCGACAUCGAGGUGGCGCGCUGA